CCCUUUGCCACAACUCCUCAAAAGUUAUUUCAAAACAAAACAAAACGUUGUCCUCGAAUUCUUGGUCUGAUAAUCGAAAUCCUAGAUACCCGACUAUUGCUUUACAUCAUGACCAGUCCUAAACAAUCUGCUUUAUUACCUCUUAGUCCAUUAACACGAGCUAUACAUGGAGAAGAAGAAGAAGAAUUAUUAUUAGAGCAUAGUCAUAAUUCAUUUGGUCGUUCGAUCGGACCUGAUAUCUCAGUCUCUACCAAUUUUAAAUCUAAACCUCCAAGUGAUUUAUUAGCUAUUGUGAAUCGGUUAGGAGAAAAUCGAUCUCGUCAUAGUUCUACUCCUAAUUCUCCACUUGUUCGAUUCGAAGAUGAACUCGGAAAAGUUGUGAAACAUGAUAUCAACUUACAUAGUUAUAAGAGGUAUUCUCAACCUACUUUGGCGAAAGCGGAAAGCGUUUUAUCAGGACUUUUGAAUGGCGAUGUCUUAGUUUACUCCUCCGGUCUAUCUGCUGCCUUUGCUGCUCUUCUUCAUGUUCAACCUGACGUGAUUGCGAUUCGAGAUGGUUAUCACGGUUGUCAUGAUACUAUCAAACGAUACUGUCAACUCAGAGGCAUGAAUGAACGCAACUCGGUUGAAGUGAAAGUGAUCGAUUUGGAUGAUGCUUAUCCUCCAAGCUCGACUGGCUUGAAAGUUUUAGUGUGGCUUGAGACACCAGUGAAUCCGACAGGAGAAUGUAGAGAUAUCAAUUCUUAUGCGCACAAGGUCAGGGAGUGCGCCUUAGGCUCAGAGCUCCUCGUGGACUCCACUUUCGCUCCACCACCACUCUCUAACCCAUUUGCAUUCGGCGCGGACAUCGUCUUACAUAGCGGAUCGAAGUAUAUUGGUGGUCAUUCAGACGCUCUCCUUGGACUUCUAGUGGUGCAAAAAUCUAAAACCGGUCGAUGGGGACAAUUAUGGCAAGAUCGAACCAAGUUAGGAUUAUUACCUGGUUCAUUAGAAACCUGGCUAUUGAUCCGAUCACUUAAAACACUACAAAUCAGAGUCGUACAUCAAUCAGAUACAGCCACCAGAUUAGCGAUUUGGUUAAAUUCACUUACCGAACGUGAUUAUCGUUCAAAUAUCGAUCAAGAUGAAAAACGUAGACUUGUACAAAGAGUCUGGCAUUCUAGUUUUCAAGAUGCUGGGAAAUGGGUUGGAUUUGAUUCUAAAACUAAUGAACCUAGACAAAUGAUGGGUGGGGGUUCUCCUUGUUUUGCUUUUAUGCUCGAAAGACCAAUCUUUGCUAAAUGGUUACCUCAUCUUACUAAAAUCUUCGUGCCGGCUACUUCUUUUGGUGGAGUCGAAUCCUUGAUUCAACAACAGGCUACAGCUGAUCCAACUUGCGAUCCAAGAAUAGUUCGUCUCAGUAUUGGCUUAGAAGACUUUCAUGACCUUAAAAAUGAUUUAAUUCAAGCUUUCGAUCGGGUGAUCCGAUACGAACGUCAUAGUAAACUUUAAAAGGCUUCCCUUUUUACGAUCUCCUUCCUUUGUAUUGAAUACCAAAACACAAACUACGAAGAUACGACAAACCCUCACGAAAAAUCUGGAAAUGCUUUUUUUAUCAAUCAAUCACUCGUGAAUGAGACUAUGAAAUUCGUAUGAUCUCUGUAACUGGAAAGAAGUUUGCAGAACAUUAUGUUGAAUAUUAUUUAGUUUGUUUCUUUUUUGAUUGUGUUCUGAUUUACUAUUAUAAAAGUCUCAAAAAAUCUUCUUGCAACAGUGUCUCGCAAUGUGCUAUUGUUUUUUAAAAGUUUUUCAUGUCUUGAAUAAAUUGCAAAAAAAAGAUUAUUGGUUUUGUGG